AUUGAGACGCCCUGGAGGACCGGCCUGAGCAGAGGCGGGGACUAGAGCGGCCGCCGGCACCACCCGCCUCCGCGCGUAAGACGACCGCGGCCCGGGGGCUCUGACUGGCCAAAGCGGCGGCACUUUCUGCGUGGUCCCGGAAGGACAUAGAGCGGAAGGCGGGAGAAAGAAGUAGCCGGCAGGCGGAGGCAGCCCGAGGGGGCGGUUGCGUGUGUGCCAGACGUUCGUAGCCCACUGAGCUUCCUCACGCCGGCUCUCGCAGCGCCUAGCCCACCCGGCGGCCUCUCCUGCUCUUCCGGGGCCGUGGCGAGCUAGUGCGCCUGCGUGCCGGCCCAUCCGCGCGCCUUGCAGCUGUCCUUGCGUCGGCUAGCGACCGGACAGUUCCUGCAGCGCUACCGCCUGGCCUCUCGGUUCAGCGGCGCACCGGAGGGCGGCAUGUCGCGGCGGCGGCACAGCGACGAGAACGACGGUGGGCAGCCUCACAAAAGGAGAAAGACCUCUGAUGCAAAUGAAACUGAAGAUCAUUUGGAAUCUUUAAUAUGCAAAGUAGGAGAAAAGAGUGCCUGCUCUUUGGAGAGCAACCUAGAAGGCUUGGCUGGUGUUUUGGAAGCUGAUCUUCCUAACUACAAGAGCAAGAUCUUAAGGCUUCUUUGUACAGUUGCACGCCUGUUACCUGAGAAGCUGACAAUUUAUACAACAUUAGUUGGACUACUGAAUGCCAGGAAUUACAAUUUUGGUGGAGAAUUUGUAGAAGCCAUGAUUCGUCAACUUAAAGAAUCAUUGAAAGCAAACAAUUAUAAUGAAGCUGUGUAUUUGGUCCGUUUUUUAUCUGAUCUUGUGAAUUGUCAUGUGAUUGCCGCCCCAUCAAUGGUUGCUAUGUUUGAAAAUUUUGUAAGCGUAACUCAGGAAGAAGAUGUACCUCAGGUGCGACGAGAUUGGUAUGUGUAUGCAUUUCUGUCAUCUUUGCCCUGGGUUGGAAAGGAGUUGUACGAAAAGAAAGAUGCAGAGAUGGACCGCAUCUUUGCCAACACUGAAAGCUAUCUUAAAAGACGCCAAAAGACUCAUGUACCCAUGUUACAGGUAUGGACUGCUGAUAAACCACAUCCACAAGAAGAGUAUUUAGAUUGCCUGUGGGCCCAGAUUCAGAAAUUGAAAAAGGAUCGCUGGCAGGAACGGCACAUCCUAAGACCUUAUCUUGCCUUUGACAGCAUCCUGUGUGAAGCACUGCAGCACAAUCUGCCUCCUUUUACACCACCUCCUCACACUGAAGAUUCAAUGUACCCAAUGCCAAGGGUCAUCUUCAGAAUGUUUGAUUACACAGAUGAUCCCGAGGGUCCUGUCAUGCCAGGGAGUCAUUCAGUGGAAAGAUUUGUAAUAGAAGAGAAUCUUCACUGCAUCAUUAAAUCCCACUGGAAGGAAAGGAAGACUUGUGCUGCACAGUUAGUGAGCUAUCCAGGGAAGAACAAGAUCCCCUUGAACUACCACAUAGUUGAGGUGAUCUUUGCAGAGCUGUUUCAACUUCCAGCACCCCCUCACAUUGAUGUGAUGUACACAACACUCCUCAUUGAACUGUGCAAACUUCAACCUGGCUCUCUACCCCAAGUUCUUGCACAGGCAACUGAAAUGCUAUACAUGCGUUUGGACACAAUGAACACUACCUGUGUAGACAGGUUUAUUAAUUGGUUUUCUCAUCAUCUAAGUAACUUCCAGUUCCGUUGGAGCUGGGAAGAUUGGUCAGAUUGUCUUAGUCAAGAUCCUGAAAGUCCCAAACCAAAAUUUGUAAGAGAAGUUCUAGAAAAAUGUAUGAGGUUGUCUUACCAUCAGCGUAUAUUAGAUAUUGUUCCUCCUACCUUCUCAGCUCUAUGUCCUGCAAACCCAACCUGCAUUUACAAGUAUGGAGAUGAAAGUAGCAAUUCUCUUCCUGGACAUUCUGUUGCCCUCUGUUUAGCUGUUGCCUUUAAAAGUAAGGCAACCAAUGAUGAAAUCUUCAGCAUUCUGAAAGAUGUACCAAAUCCUAACCAGGAUGAUGAUGACGAUGAAGGAUUCAGUUUUAACCCAUUGAAAAUAGAAGUCUUUGUACAGACUCUGCUACACUUGGCAGCCAAAUCAUUCAGCCACUCCUUCAGUGCUCUUGCAAAGUUUCAUGAAGUCUUCAAAACCCUAGCUGAAAGUGAUGAAGGAAAGUUACAUGUGCUAAGAGUUAUGUUUGAGGUCUGGAGGAACCAUCCACAGAUGAUUGCUGUACUAGUGGAUAAGAUGAUUCGUACACAAAUAGUUGAUUGUGCUGCCGUAGCAAAUUGGAUCUUCUCUUCAGAACUAUCUCGUGACUUUACCAGAUUGUUUGUUUGGGAAAUUUUGCACUCUACAAUUCGUAAGAUGAACAAACAUGUCCUGAAGAUCCAGAAAGAGCUGGAAGAAGCUAAAGAGAAACUUGCUAGGCAACACAAACGGCGAAGUGAUGAUGACGACAGAAGCAGUGACAGGAAAGACGGGGUUCUUGAGGAACAAAUAGAACGACUUCAGGAAAAAGUGGAAUCUGCUCAGAGUGAACAAAAGAAUCUUUUCCUCGUCAUAUUUCAGCGGUUUAUCAUGAUCUUGACCGAGCACUUAGUACGAUGUGAAACUGAUGGGACCAGUGUAUUAACACCAUGGUAUAAGAACUGUAUAGAGAGGCUGCAGCAGAUCUUCCUACAGCAUCACCAAAUAAUCCAGCAGUACAUGGUGACCCUGGAGAACCUUCUCUUCACUGCUGAAUUAGACCCUCAUAUCUUGGCCGUGUUCCAGCAGUUCUGUGCCCUGCAGGCCUAAGGGUCAUUUUUUCCUCACGUCAAGAUUUUUUUAAAUAUCUUAAAAUAAUUUGUCUUAUUUUUUGAUGGUUUGAAUGCUUGCUUUCUUGUAGUAUCCUUUCACUUCUUAAAGGAAACAAAGGGGGAAGAGGACAGUGAAUGAACAUGGCAUUACUUUUAAUUGCCCUGAAAAGCAAAUACUUCCUAACGGCAGUAAUGUGACUGUGACCACGAUAUAUUAUAUAUGUGACAGAUACAACUUCUCUGUGAUCAGUUUGUUAUUUUUUUUCUCCUUAAGGCACAAAAUAAUUGGUUUGAGGUAUGUGAAACACUAGAGGUCAACCUUACAUAGUAUAUAGAACUAAUGGGUUUACCCAGCUACCCAGUAGCAUAACUUUUCACAGCUCGGGGAUGAAUUAACAUGGCUGAAAUAAAACUAAAAGUAUGGUUUUUAAA